CUCUGCCCCCCCCAGGGUCUGAACGCCGCCCUGUUCCACGAGAACAAGGACCCCCGGACCUUCGUGUCCCUGGUCCCCACGUCGGCCCACAGCGGGGACGGCAUGGGGAACCUCAUCGCCCUAUUGGUCGAGCUCACGCAGACGCUGCUCGCACGCCGCCUGGCGCACUGCGACGAGCUGCGGGCGCAGGUCAUGGAGGUGAAGGCUCUGCCCGGCAUGGGGACCACCAUCGACGUGAUCCUGAUCAACGGGCGGCUGCGGGAGGGAGAGACCAUUAUCGUGCCGGGGGUGGACGGACCAAUCGUAACGCAGAUCAGAGGGCUGCUGCUGCCCCCCCCCCUCAAGGAGCUGCGCGUCAAGGUAAGGCUGCUUCCUCGUUUCCUUCCCUC